AUGGCCUCCGUUACGCGCUCCACCCGGAGGACCAACACUGAAGGCCUCGUCCAGCAGCAGCUUCACCCCCAUCCCCUUCACCAUCCCGUCCAGGCCUUCGCCGCCGCCAACACGAACACUGUGACGCGCGCCGCUGCCACCCCCCAAAAUAUCUCCAGCUACCAGCACACGCUGUCCGGUCGCACCAAGCGACAGCUCGACCAGACCGAUCAUAUCGUCGAUUUUGAACACCAGAAACCCAAGCGACCACGAACGAGCAUCGAAAUCCUCAUUCGCCCUGCUUUGUUAUCGAGCAAGCCAGCUGUCGCCAACGCGACGCCCACGGCAAACGUCACCCCGACUCCGCAUCCGACCACGACCACGACCGCGGCCACGAAGCCUCAGGUGGUCGCACCCCUAGCAAAACCCACGCCGAAACCCGCACCGCAACACGUCGCGACGGUGCAUCCUCCGAAUCCAGCCGCUGCUGCUGCGAACAAAAAUGCUGCCCAGUUGACCAAGCAUCAGGAAAAGGUCAUUAAUGGGAUUAAACACGAGCUGGAUCGCCUGCAGCCCCGCGAGGUCGAUACCCACACAAAGGAGGGGGGCCGCAAACUGCGCUCUCAAGAAGCCACUCGCUUCAAGAGCGAGCUGUCUGCGUAUUUCCCCGAGUAUGACGAGGUUAUCGGCAAUGAACCUAAAGAACAGCAGCUUUUCACCUUCGAUACCCCGAUAGUCAUUUUUGACUCGUACCCCACACGCCCUCAUCCAGUCCCGUGGCACCGAAAUCUAGGCGCGACGCCAGACCCCAGUGCAGGACUUGAUGGCUUAGCAAACUCGACUGCUGGGCACAAUGUUCCUGUGCGUGGAUACGGCGAUGCUCUAUUUGACGAGCUUGUCGAUGCCCAGCGGAUAGACUUUGAUUUCUUGGGCAUCUCGCAAAAGCGAGAACCUGUAGAAGAUCCUCUUCCUGAUGCAUCCUUUAUAUCUUCCCACAAGAGAGCGGAAAGGCUGGAAAAGUCCAUUCGCAAUACCGAACGGGGACGAGCUCAGCAUGAGAAAGACCAGGUUGCGCGCCUCCUAGACGGUCUCCAGGGUCACGACUGGCUCCGAGUCAUGGGUGUUAGUGGUAUAACAGAGACGCGAAAAAAGCAAUUCGAGCCAGCACGGCAGCACUUUGUCAAGGGCUGCCAAGCCAUCCUCGACAAGUUCCGCCAGUGGAGCUUAGAAGAGAAGCGCCGCAAGGCGGAGAAGGACCGCGCUCUCGCCGAGAAAGCUGAAGCAGAAGAGUCAUCAAGCGGGGACGAGGAUUCAUCCGCAGACUCCGAAAGCAGUGAGGACGAUGUCGAAGGGGAUGACGAGACUGGCGAUAUCAGCGACGGUGACCCCCCAGGUUCUGAUGAUGAUAAUGAUUCUGUGACCAAACAGAUUCGUGAAGAGGCCACAGAAAGGUCAAGAGGAUCGAAGAAUAGCAAGAAACGUCCACGUGCGACACCACAGCCAAGGCCCCCUCCAAAGCCUGAACCCCCAAGGGAAUUCAAAUCCUUCUUCAAGAAGAGAUACGAGCGUGAGAGCGCUUUGCACCGGCACAGGCGUGCGGGCCGUAAGGUGGUGGCAUGGGGACAUCCGUUACCAGAGAUACCCGAGAUCGACUUCGAUCUCCCUGAAGAGUUGCGUGACGAGGAGACACUGAGGGUGGAGCGGUACCUCGGGGAGUGGUCUGCUUACAUAACCGAGCUCGAGGUGGACGGGAGUCGUGACCCGCCCAACGGGCAGGCACCUCAGGCGCAGGAGCCAAGGUGGCUCCGGCAGCUCCAUCUCAGUCGCGGCGAACCGUGGGACGCGCUGACCUUGGAAGGCCUGAACUGCACCAGCUGCUGCCGACCUCAGAUUUUGUGUUUGGUCGCAGCAGAACCUCUCUCAACCUCUUACCUCUCAGCUGGUCGUACCGUCGUACCGUUGGAGAACGGCAUUCCCACCAUGAGCGCCAUCGAGGCCACUGUGGCCGCCCCCGCCGUUGACGAGGUCAUCGGCAGCGAUUCCGAAGACGAUCUCCCUCCUAUGAAAGACGAGCCACCCUAUCCGUAUUUCGUCCUGAAACAAGAUGUCGAGCUCGAGAUCAACUUUCGGGCGAAGCGAAUCGAAGGAAAAUCCCACAUCACGUUUGGCAUGGUCGGAAAUGCCCAGCUUGACGAGUUCGCCAUCGAUGCGCGACAGUCCGAGAUCGACGUUAAGAAUAUUACGGUCACCGCCCUCAAGGACCAGAACCCCCUGGGGCCACCUAAAAAGGUGUCAGCGACGUACACGGAUCCGUAUAAGUUACUGGAUUAUCCGAAAUACUAUGACUGGAACGCCUCGCAUCACGACCUUAGGAAGAUCCGGAUGCGACCCCUUAUGCACACCCGAAGGAGCGACGUGCCUGCCGAGAAUAGAGAGCUGGUAGGCUGUACGCCCGCUGAUGGUGCCUUGCGAGUCAGUUUGAGGGAUCUUAAGAAGACCAAGGGAGCUGCUAAGGAGGAACCGGUACCUGGAGCGGGAAUUGCCAAACGGCCGACGCUCAAAAUUCGCGUUUCGAGCGUGACGCCAAAUUCUGCGGAGCUCCCCGAGAGCGAACUGACUAGUUCAAGGGAGUACCGUGUCACGAUACCUUUCAAGACCAAGCUCGUGCGGGAUGGCGUUCAGUUUGUUGGCGUUGAUGCUGGAGAUCUUCGAUAUCCGCAUGCCUAUACUCGACAUUCCAUCGAGCCAGGCACUGCCUCUUGUAUCUUCCCCUGCAUCGACGAUCCCGGCACGCUUCCGACGUGGACGAUGGCCGUCAAAUGUCCGAGGACGCUGGGCGAUGCACUUUGGCAACCACUGGCUACCCAACACAGGAAUGGUAAUGCCAAUGGCAACCGCGAUCGCGGGGCAAACCAGUCCAAGGCUGACAGAGACUUCGCCCUUACCGAGGAAGACAAGCUUCUAGAGAUGACAGUCGUUUGCUCUGGCAUUUUGUCAGACGAGAUCGUCGACCCUGAAGACGAGCAGAAGAAGAUUAUGACUUUCGAGAUGGAGAAGCGAGUUGCCGUGCAGAAAAUCGGCUUCGCGGUCGGUCCGUUCGAGCACGUCGACUUAUUCUCAGAUUUUCGCACGGAAGAGAACGACGAGAAACUCGGAGCUAGCGCGCUCAAGAUUCACGGCUACUGCCUCCCGGGAAGAGCUGCAGAGGUCCAGAACACGUGUGCAGCGCUCGCCGCGGCUGCUGACUUCUUCACCCUCACGUUUGCUCGAUAUCCAUUCGACAACUACAAGAUGUGCUUUCUCGAUGACAUGGUGGAGGAUACGGUGGCCCUCCAAUCACUCUCCUUCGUUAGCACCCGCCUACUGUUCCCCGAGGACAUCAUCGACCUAGAGGUAGACGUCACAAGGCAAUUGGUGUACAGCCUGGCCUCGCAAUGGAGUGGGAUCAACCUUUUCCCCAAUACUCGCAGAGACCUUUGGGUCGUCAUCGGCAUCGCCUAUUACAUGACCGAUCUUUUCCUGAAGAAACUAUGCGGCAACAACGACUACAGGUUCCGGAUGAAGACAAUGUCAGACAAGCUGGUGACAGUUGAUAUCAAGCGACCAUCACUGCACGAACUUGGCCAUUUCCUGCACAUUGGAGAUUUCGAGAUGGAAUUCAUGGCACUCAAGGCGCCCUUGGUGCUCUUCAUUCUCGACAAGCGGUUGAUGAAGGCACCUGCCCAAACCAACCUCACACGCAUCAUUUCCCGAAUUCUUUACAAGGCCAACAUCGGAGACAGACAGAGCGAAUGGAUUAUCAACACGGAGUCGUUUCAGCGGGUUUGCGAAAAGAAUGCCAGGAACAAACUGGAGGCGUUCUGGAACCAAUGGGUUUACGGCUCGGGCUGCCCCAGGUUCGACGUUUUUCAACGUUUCAACAAAAAGCGACUCUGCGUCGAGAUGACUAUAAGACAAGUUCAGGACAAAGCCCUGACUGAAGCUGAGCUCCUGAAGAAAUCAGAAUUUCUUCGCGCCAUCAAGGAAAAGGCGCAUGGUGUAAAGACGGACGAAAAGGCCGGUCUUUUUACAGGUCCCAUGACCAUCAGAAUUCACGAAGCUGAUGGAACGCCUUACGAGCACAUAGUGGAGAUUCGCGAGGAUGCUGCUAAGGCCGCUAAGUUCGAGAUUCCUUACAACACCAAGUACAAGCGAUUGAAGAGGAAGAGGAGAGCAACGGAAAAGCUCAGCGCACAGUCUGCUGCCGACCCUGACAAUAACGAAGACGCACUCUUAUAUUGCCUGGGCGACGUUCUGACCAACCCCGAAGAUAUGAGGAAGUGGGAUUUUUCCGAAUGGGAGCCCGAGAUCGAAAAGGCCAUGGACCAAGAGUCUUACGAGUGGAUUCGGAUGGACGCUGACUUUGAAUGGGCUUGCGAGAUGAAGACAAAUCUCCAGAGCUACAUGUACGUGUCCCAGCUCCAGCAAGAUAGGGAUGUCGUGGCGCAGCAGGAUUCGAUGCUUUAUCUCAAGAAGAGUCCGCCUCAUCCACUGGUUUCGACGUUUCUUACCAGAACCCUUGUCGACCGGCGAUACUUCCACGGUAUUAGGACAAUGGCUGCGGAGAUGCUAUAUCACCACGCCGCGGAUAAGGUCUCAAUGGCUGGUAUGACCCAUCUACUGAAAGCCUUCACCGAGAUGUUUUGCUAUGCCGAUACCUCCAUGCCUCGGCCAAACGACUUUUCCGACAAGAAGCAGUACACCGUGCAGAGCGCACUGCCUAUGGCCAUUGCAAAGAUUCGCGAUGCCAACGGUAGAUGUCCCGAAGCCGCACGACGGUUCCUUCUGAAUCAGGUUCAGUUCAACAACAAUGCCAAUAACCCAUACUCGGACCAUUUCUACGUUGCCAAGCUUUUGGAGGCUCUCGCCCAUAGCUUGAUUCCAGAGAAGCGACGGGAGUCAGACGAUGCCAUGGAGGUGGACAUGUCAGCCGAAGAGAGAGGUUUCCUUAAGGAGGCUAUCGUCGAGAUUGAUCGCUUCCGUAGGAUGGACGAAUGGGCCAACUCUUACCAGAACAUCUGGACGACCACCGCGCUCGAAUGCAGACGCAAACUCAUGAAAGCCGGAGUGAUUCCCAAAAGUGCAGUGGCCUUUGUCCAGUACUUGCAGGAUGACACGCGCGACUUGGUUCGACUCAAGGCUUUCGAGGCUCUGGUGGAUCUGGGUUAUUUGAUGGAUCUGCCUAUCUUCCGCCUGAUUCUUUCCGUCAUGAGCACUGAUCGGUCUCCAUUCGUGCGGGAUAAACUCGUCAAGAUCUUCUGUACAGGUCUGGCUAGCCUCGCCUUUGGAGAGCAGUCGAAGGCCAAGGUGGCACCUGCUGUUCCUGAUGGCGGGCUCAUGAUUGUGGACAAUACAGAAGCAGAGACGCAGAAGAGGCGAAAAGAAUUUGCUCGAAAGCAGGAUAUCAACGUCGCACUCGAGGCUUUGAGGACAGAGAUGGAAGAACAGUUUUCAGAGCAAGAAGCGGCACUGGAGCGAGCUUUCUGGAAGGCCAUCAAUUCUAACCUGAUCGGGCGUUCCGAGAAGAUCACGUUGCUGGAGCUUUGCGGCACCAUUGUGGAUGCUGCUGACCGAUGGACGAUUACUUUGAAGUAUCCUAAACGAUGGAGAGUUAAUCGUCCUGUCCAGCGUCAACCUGGCAGAAACAUCAUCAACUUCAAGGCGUUCUUCAAGACGGGCAUACCGCAAAAGAUCAAAGAGCCCGAACCACCGGCGCCAGUACCAGCACCGGUAUCUGCACCUGCGCCUGCUCCUGUAGUUGUACCAUCUCGGCCGCCCGAACCCAAACGACUCAUCGUCAAUAUGAAGAGUGGUGUUGCCAAACCCAGCAAGCCUACGGUCUCCCUUCCACGCCCCGCUCCCACGGCCUCUCGCCCAUCGCCGGUCUCUGCUGCACAGUCUCCCGUUCCAAGCGCCGCACCGUCCCCUAUCCCUCGGGAGGCAGACUCCAUUGUCGCGCACUCGAAUGCCAAGGCAUCUACCCCAAGGCCGUCAUUCUCAAAGCUCCCCGGGUCAAGGCCGCCGAGUGUGAAGCCAGGUAUCGUCAAGGCAGGCAUCGCCAAAUCUGUGGUGUCUUCGGCGUCAUCGUCGUCGUCCAUGCAGCAAAAUGGCCGUUCUACUCCUCAACCAACACCCGAGCCCGGCAGCAGCAAAUCGCAGAAGCGGCCUCGGCCCGACAAGAUCCCGGGGGUUGAUGAGGCAUCGCCAGCUCUCAAGAAGGCGAAGCUUACUGUCCGACCUGACGGCACUGUGGUUAAGAAGCGCAGGAUGUUCAAGUUCCGGCAUCCCAGUCUCAGGAAGAUCCUGAAGAAACUUGGUAUCAAAAGCCAGAUGCCCUACAGAGAUCCGUCAAAGAUUCGCAGACCUGGCACACCGUUGAGUGUUCGUGCUUCUCCCGCCGGAUCACCGGCCCCUCCCCCAUCUGAGAGCAUCAAUGCGAAGCCGGCUCGCAAACCUCUCCCUGGCGCACCGUCCGCGGCCAGUCCUCCUCCACCAGUUCCGGCAUCCCUACCGCCGAAGCCUCCGCCGCAAGCAUCACCACCUCCUGUUGAAGGUCAACCUGCUCCAAAGAAGGUAAAGCUUGUCAUCAAGAAGCCUUCCAGUUCGCUGCCCAAAUAA